UCACUCGCAUAUAUUAGGCAAUUCAAUCUUUCAUUCUUUGUGGCAAAACUAUUUGGAAAUGAGCUGCACGGGGGUACGGAUAACCCAUCCGUCAUCGGAGAGUACGCGUGCUUUUAAACGCCGUCCGUGUUAUUUUUGAUAUUAGAAAAGAAAGAUCGUCCAGUUCAGGCGGGCUUUACCGCUGCUUUCUGUUGGAGGUAGUGGGACAGGGCGAUUCAGUGAAAACACGUCGGGAUGUUAUUUUCAUGAUUACAGAAGAGUCCCGCUCAGACGUCCGUGGCAGCGCGCUGCGUGGACACCGUGCGAAAGAAUGGCAAAUUGGCAUUUAGAAGAAGCUGUGGGUCCGAAAUAAUUCAUGAUUCCGGUGCAGGACGAAGGACAAGAAGAGACACCUCCUGUAGAGCCAAGAAGAAAAAGCAGAAGGAGGGUAAGGAGAGGAGGAGGAGGGGGAGGGGGAGCCGCGGAGUUUGAUGGAGUUGUGUGCGCUUAUGCCGGUGAUUUUUAUCCAUAACGCAUAACACUAGGUGGACGACGCGCCGUCAUCAUGUUUGACUGCAUGGACGUGCUGGCCGUGAGUCCCGGACAGAUGCUGGAUUUCUACACGUCCAGCCCGUCCUCCUGCAUGCUGCAGGAGAGGGCUCUGAAAGCCUGCAUCAGCGGACUGGCGCACAGAGAGUGGCAGCACCACCGGAGCGCACACUCCAUUGAAACACAGAGCACCAGUUCGGAGGAGCUAGUCCCCAGCCCGCCGACCCCGCCGCCCCCUCCCAGAGUCUACAAGCCCUGCUUUGUCUGCCAGGACAAGUCCUCUGGAUACCACUAUGGUGUCAGUGCUUGUGAGGGCUGCAAGGGUUUUUUCCGCCGAAGCAUCCAGAAGAACAUGGUGUACACAUGUCACCGGGACAAGAACUGCAUUAUCAACAAGGUGACAAGGAACCGUUGUCAGUACUGUCGCCUGCAGAAGUGCUUCACGGUGGGAAUGUCCAAAGAGUCUGUUCGAAAUGACCGGAAUAAGAAGAAGAAAGAAAGCCCAAAGCUGGAGAUGGCAGAGAGCUACGAGCUGACAGCAGAGCUGGAGAACAUCAUUGAAAACAUUCGGAAGGCCCAUCAAGAAACCUUCCCCUCCCUCUGCCAGCUGGGCAAAUACACCACGAACUCGAGCGCAGACCAUCGUGUGAGGCUGGACCUGGGCUUGUGGGACAAGUUCAGCGAGCUGGCCACUAAGUGCAUUAUCAAGAUUGUGGAGUUUGCCAAACGAGUGCCUGGCUUCACAGCGCUGACCAUUGCGGACCAGAUCACACUCCUGAAAGCUGCCUGCUUGGACAUUUUGAUUCUGCGUAUCUGUACGAGGUACACACCCGACCAGGACACAAUGACCUUUUCAGACGGGCUGACCCUCAAUCGGACACAGAUGCACAAUGCUGGCUUCGGCCCGCUCACCGACUUGGUGUUCACUUUUGCCAACCAGCUGCUGCCCAUCGAGAUGGACGACACAGAGACAGGCCUCCUCAGCGCCAUCUGUCUCAUCUCUGGAGACCGUCAGGACCUGGAGGAGCCUUCCAAGGUGGACCAGCUACAGGAGCCACUCCUGGAAGCUUUGAAGAUCUACGUGAGGAAGCGCCGGCCCAGCAAACCACACAUGUUCCCCAAAACCCUGAUGAAGAUCACAGACCUACGCAGCAUCAGUGCUAAAGGAGCAGAGCGGGUUAUCUCUCUGAAGAUGGAGAUCCCAGGUUCCAUGCCGCCACUCAUUCAGGAGAUGCUGGAAAACUCGGAGGGCCAAGACGGCCAGACCAGUAGCAGCGGCACUUCAGCAAAGGAAACGGCCAGCAGCAAAGGCAGCCCCAGUGAGGAUGCCACCGCUCUGGAAUCACUGGAACCUUUGGAUACAGAGGAGGCUACAGCCACGCCACCCAGCGAUAAGCCCUAAGAGGCUCCCAUUGGGGGCCUCUGAUACUUUGACAUUUCUUUGCACAAAAAAGAAGAACUGGGCAAGGUGCUGAACCCUCUACCCCAACUCACCAACACUUGGUAUUAUGUUUCCCAUUCCCCUAAAAUUCCCUCCUUAAAAAGAAAAGGCCUCAAAGGACCAGUGCUUUGUGUAUAAUUCUGAAUUGCGCUCUUAUUUGGCAUGGUGGCUCUGGGAUUGUGACAGGAAGGGCCUGGCCCUCACACAACACCAGAGAUGAUACUCCUCAGGUCUCCUGGGUAACUCCU